AUGAGCGACCGAGAGACCCGGCACGCAUACACAACAUACACCCACUUCACUUACUCAACCCGACCGAAGAGGGACGGGCGAGCCGAUGAACGAACCCACCACUUCACCCUACCCAAAGAGGAAAUGAAAAUUGGGCGGUGCAUACGUAUUGGGUUAUCUUUUUUUCAUACUUUGUACAUAAUGGGAUUGAUUGACAAGCUCGUCGCUCGAAAGCAUAGACUCCAUAAUGGGACGGGGGCUACAAUUACGGAAUACGCCGUGAAGCGGUGCGCUUGUCGGGAAAAUCGCCCUGAGCUUAAACGAGCACAUCAUGACCGGAAAGGGAUAUUUCGACGAAUACUGACUUGUUGGCUGUCGGGUCCCGACCCGACUGACCCGACCCGACCGACCGAUCAUGUUCUUGUUUCUUUCUAA